CAGCAGCAGCAGCAGCAUCAGCAGCAGCAGCAGCGGCGGCGGCGCUUUUCCCUGUUGGUGUGGCUGACCCUGUGCCCCUGAGUUGCCAUGGCGACCUUUCCUGAGUACAUCGCUCAGAAUGAGGAGCGUGACGGCGUGCGCUUCAGCUGGAACGUUUGGCCGUCCAGCCGUCUGGAGGCUACACGGAUGGUGGUUCCCGUGGCGUCGUUGUUCACGCCACUGAAGGAGAGACCGGAUCUGCCGCCCAUCCAGUACGAACCGGUUCUGUGCAGUCGCGCCACCUGCCGCGCCGUUCUCAACCCGCUCUGUCAGGUGGACUACAGAGCUAAACUGUGGGCGUGUAACUUCUGUUACCAGAGAAACCAGUUUCCUCCGUCCUACGCUGGAAUCUCUGAGGUAAACCAGCCUGCUGAGCUGCUUCCUCAGUUCUCUACUAUCGAGUAUGUGGUCCAGAGAGGUCCUCAGAUGCCACUGGUCUUCCUGUAUGUGGUGGACACCUGUAUGGAGGAUGAAGACCUGCAGGCAUUGAAGGAGUCUCUGCAGAUGUCUCUGUCUCUGGUGCCGCCCACUGCGCUCGUCGGACUCAUCACCUUUGGUCGCAUGGUGCAGGUCCACGAGCUCGGCUGUGAGGGAAUCUCCAAGAGCUACGUGUUCAGAGGAACCAAAGACCUGAAUGCCAAACAGCUGCAGGAGAUGCUUGGUUUGACCAAACCUUCAGCUAAUCAGGGACGAGGACCUCAAAGUGUCCAACAGCCUCUGUCCAAUAGGUUCCUGCAGCCACUGCAGAAGAUUGACAUGAACCUGACUGAACUGUUGGGGGAGCUGCAGCGUGAUCCGUGGCCUGUCACUCAGGGGAAGAGACCGCUGCGCUCUCUGGGCGUGGCCAUGUCCAUCGCUGUCGGCCUGCUGGAGUGCACGUUUGCGAACACGGGCGCUCGGAUCAUGGCGUUCCUCGGCGGCCCGGCGACGCAGGGUCCUGGGAUGGUGGUGGGAGAUGAGCUGAAGACGCCCAUCAGGUCAUGGCACGACAUCGAGAAGGACAACGCCAAGUUCAUGAAGAAAGCCACCAAGCAUUACGAGUCUCUGGCUAACAGAGCGUCCAGUAACGGUCACGUCAUCGACUUGUACGCCUGCGCUCUGGAUCAGACGGGUCUGCUGGAGAUGAAGUGCUGCGCUAACUACACUGGGGGCUACGUGGUGAUGGCGGACUCGUUCAACACGUCUCUGUUCAAACAAACCUUCCAGAGAGUUUUCAACAAAGACGUCCAGGGCUCCUUUAAAAUGGCGUUUGCCGCCACGCUGGAGGUCAAGACGUCCAGAGAAAUCAAAGUGUCUGGAGCCAUCGGACCGUGUGUGUCUCUGAACGCUAAAGGACCGUGUGUGUCUGAAAACGAGAUCGGGACUGGAGGAACGUGUCAGUGGAAGAUCUGCGCUUUAGAUCCCAGCUCCACGCUGGCGCUCUACUUCGAGGUCGUCAACCAGCACAACGCUCCGAUCCCUCAGGGUGGUCGUGGAGCGAUCCAGUUUGUGACUCAGUACCAGCACUCGUCAGGACAGAAGCGAAUCAGAGUGACCACCACGGCCAGGAACUGGGCAGACGCUCAGACUCAGAUCCAGAACAUCGCGGCGUCCUUCGACCAGGAGGCGGCAGCCAUCUUGAUGGCGAGGCUGGCGGUUUACCGCGCCGAGACGGAGGAGGGGCCGGACGUCCUGAGGUGGUUGGACAGACAGCUGAUCAGACUGUGUCAGAAGUUUGGAGAUUACCACAAAGAUGAUCCAAACUCCUUCAGGUUCUCAGAGACCUUCUCUCUCUACCCUCAGUUCAUGUUCCACCUGCGACGCUCGCCGUUCCUGCAGGUGUUCAACAACAGUCCUGACGAGAGCUCGUAUUACAGACACCAGUUCAACCGUCAGGACCUGACGCAGGCGCUCAUCAUGGUGCAGCCGCUGCUCUACGCCUACUCCUUCAACGGCCCACCAGAGCCUGUCCUGUUGGACAGCAGCAGCAUUCUUCCAGACAGAAUCCUCCUGAUGGACACGUUCUUCCAGAUCCUCAUCUACCAUGGAGAGACGGUGGCUCAGUGGAGAAAGGCUGGUUACCAGGAAAUGUCUGAGUAUGAAAACUUCAAACACCUUCUUCAGGCUCCAGACGACGCCAGGAGCUGCUGCACACCGUUCCCUAUGCCACGACAUGACGACACAGAGCACGGAGGCAGCCAGGCUCGGUUCCUGCUCUCUAAAGUGAAUCCGUCUCAGACUCAUAACAACAUGUUCUCCUGGGGUCAGGAGUCUGGAGCUCCGAUCCUCACCGAUGACGUCAGUCUCCAGGUUUUCAUGGAUCACCUGAAGAAACUGGCUGUGUCCAGCGCUGCAUGACCUCUGACCUGAUGACAUGACCUCUGACCUUUGACCUGUCUACAUUAUGUUUACCGUGUUGCUGCCUGAGUUACUGACUCCGCCCCUUGCUCUCUGUCUCUUAGUAACACUUGUGUGUGAGCAUGAUCAGGAAGUGACGUCACAUGUUCCUGCUCAUGACGCCGCAGACGACACUAAAGUUUUUUUUCUGGUUUCUAAUAAAAGUCUCAUAAAAAAAGAGAAA